AUGCCCAUCAACCAGCCUUCCAACCAGAUCAAAUUUACGAAUGUGUCGAUAGUGAAGCUGAAAAAGGGCAAGAAACGAUUCGAACUCGCCUGCUACAAAAACAAACUCCUCGAGUACCGGUCGGGCGCGGAGAAAGACCUGGACAAUGUGCUGCAAGUGCCGACGAUUUUCCUGUCCGUGUCCAAGGCGCAGACGGCGCCAGCGGCGGAGCUAAGCAAGGCGUUUGGCGGGGACACGCCGGCGGAUGCCAUCCGGGAGGAGAUUCUGCGCAAGGGCGAGGUGCAGGUUGGGGAGCGCGAGCGGAAGGAGAUCGCGGAGCGCGUGGAGAGGGAAGUGCUGGAUAUUGUGUCCGGGCGGUUGGUGGACCCGACGACGAAGCGGGUGUAUACGUCUGGGAUGAUUUCGAAGGCGCUGGACCAGUUGACGGCGGCGAGUGGGCAGGUACAGCAGCAGCAGCAGCAGCAGCAGCAGAAUAGUGCGGCGGAGGCGGUGGAAGGCGAGGUCGAGGAGAGGGAGGCCGCGCUGAGAAAGCCCGUGUGGACGGGGGUGAAUGCGAGCAAGUCGGCCAAGAGUCAAGCGCUCGAGGCUAUGAAGGCGUUGAUUGCGUGGCAGCCGAUUCCGGUGAUGCGGGCGCGCAUGCGGCUGCGCGUGACGUGUCCCGUGUCGAUGCUGAAACAAAGCGUCAAGACGGGCGGCGGGGCGAAUAAGGAUAAAGAGUCGCUGCCGGGGGGGGGUGGUGGUGGUGGUGGUGGUGGUUCCAAGGCGAAGAAGGGAGCGAAGGGAGGCAAGAAGGCGGCUCGACAGCAGGAUUCGGAUGGGUCGUCCGAUGCAGAGGGAUCCCCUGCGCCGGCCAAGGGGCCGAGCACCGUCAAGGAUAAGAUCCUCAGUUAUAUCGAAUCGGUCGAGUCACAGGAAGUGGUUGGGAGCGAUGAGUGGGAGGUGGUCGGGUUCGCUGAGCCCGGCGCCUACAAGGGAUUGAACGAGUUUGUAGGCAACGAGACCCGCGGGCGAGGCCGAGUAGAGGUUCUUGAUAUGACGGUUACUCACGAUGAGUAG